AUUCAUGGUUGCUGUUGAGGGUAGGAACAGCUAGAAGCCUCCUGCUUCGUCCCAAAUCUGCAGGUACUCAACAGCCAUGUCCGCCUCACGGAAACAAUCCAGGGUAUCUCUCCGUGGUGCCAGCGCAAGCGAAAUCUCCCGGGAUGCCCUUCUCGAGAAGGUAGCCCACGAGCGCAAGCAUCGCAGCUUCACUCGCCGUGCCUCCGCUGCCGCUCUCUUCAUCCAGCGAGUUUGGAGGCGAUACUAUGUGAUUAAAAGGGCUGGAGAGCAGCUUCAAGAGGAGUGGGAAGUUUUAGCAGAUGGUUUUAGUAACCAUGAAACUGUUGGUUGGCUUUCUAGCAACUUGAUACGGCCUUUUCUUUUCUUCACCAGUUAUUCUCUGGCAUCUCACCGAAAACUGAAUUUUGCUGAAGUAAAGUGCUUCUCUCUGUGUUUCAGGAUUCUCUUGCAAAAUAUAAACACGGCUGAUUCAGAGAAAAGCUUCUGCUCCCUGGCUGUUGGUACUGCUCAAGAGAGAUCAACAUGGUUUUACCAAGCAAAAAAACUUAGUUUAUUAUCUUUUGCUCUUCUAGCUGAGUGUGAUUCCACUUGUGAUGAUGAUGACCGUAUGAUAUCACUUACUGCUUUAGGAAUCCGCCUGGUUGUUUCUUUAACUGAUUUGAGACAAUGGAAAUGUUUAAAAAUUGAGAACAUUGAAGAAGCCGAUGCUGCUGUGAAAAGAUUGAUUUAUUUUCUGGUUAGAAGCAGUGUUAUGUACUCGAGUUUCAGGAGUUUCCUGAUGAAGCUCAAAAUUUGUAAUGUCCAUGAGGAGUCCAAGAAUAUUAUACCAACAGAGAACAUUUUCUUGAUUACAGCAAGCACACUAACUUUAGCUUUGCGUCCUUUUAAAUCCAAGUCAGAGAAAAGCAAUGGUGAUGCCUUUGAUUUUAGAAUAGCCUUUGAACAAUACUGUAUAUUCAUACUGACAGUUCCAUAUCUCACUAGAAGGCUGCCAAAUCUCCUUGUUCCUGCUGUAAAGCAUUUGUCUGUACUUUCUCCAUGCCUUAAAGCUCUAUUGGUUUCCAAGGAUAUAAUAUUUGUUGAGAUGUUAAAAUUUGAAGAUUCAGGUAUUUUACAUUCUACUGGUGAAUUAGUUCCUUCGUGUGGCUGGGCUCUUGCCAACGUUAUAGACCUUGUAACUGAGUGUGACCACGAUUCUGUUGACUCAGGGCACUUUAUUCAUGGUCUAGAUUGUAUGUUGUAUGUUCAAGUUAUAAAUUCCAUCUCUGAGAACCUUUUAGACUGUCUAGGGAACAUUGGGAUACUUGCCAGAAAGGAUCAUCGAUAUGUUGAGAUGGAUGACCCUUCUUCACAGGAUAAUAGUUCGGUGAACUGCAAUGGGCGAGAACUGGCACAUGCAAACUUUCUAAGUCCGGUGCAUCAGCAAUGGCAUUUAAGGAAGCUUCUGUCCUUGAUAGAGAAGAGUGAACAAGUCCAACAAACAAAUUCUUGUGUAUCAAAUCAUGACAUUGAUGACAUUAGGAACUUGAGACUAAUAGAUAUUGUUUAUUUUUAUAAUUUUUUCCUCAGAAUAUUCUCAUUUUUAAACCCUGCUGGUGGAUCACUGCCAAUUCUUAAUGUGCUUUCCUUCACUCCUGGCCUGGUAACACAAUUGUGGGAAACUUUAGAAGAUUCAAUAUUCGGUGGAAAUGAUUGCAGGCUCCUUGAAGAUUCCUUAAAUGAUUCUAAUUUUGGCAAUUGCAACAAUUCUAGUGGGGAUAAAAAGCAAAAAAUGGGUAUGAAGGAUACUGGAAGCAAGUUGGUCAACAUAUUUCAGAAAAUUGCGGGGAAAUCUACCGAUUUGAAUAUUACCCUAAUAGAUGUUACUUCCCAUCAUAAUCAAGCUAGUCUGAAUGCACUUUAUACAUGGGAUGUUCAAGGUAUGAAGAAGGGUUCCCAAGGCAUUUCAAAUGAUGUUUCAUGCGUUUUGCAUCUUUUUUGUGCUAUAUAUGCACACUUACUUUUGAUUCUUGAUGACAUUGACUUCUAUGAAAAGCAGGUUCCUUUUACUCUUCAGCAGCAGCAAAAGAUUGCAUCAGUACUCAACACGUUUGUGUAUAAUUCUCUUAGUCACAAUACUGUACAAAACAGGAAGCCAGUUGUAGAUGCGGCAGUUAAAUGUCUCCAUUUUCUCUAUGAAAGGGACUGCAGACAUAAGUUUUGUCCAUCUUCUCUAUGGGUAGCACCAGCUUACAGAGCUUGCAUUCCAAUAGCUGCAGCUGCUAGAGCUCAUGAAGCUGCGCAUUCAAAUUUGCAGCUUGGGGAUGCUUCAACUAUUCCAAGCAUGAGCUCUGUCCUAACUACUGUUCCUCAUGUUUUUCCAUUCGAGGAAAGGGUUCAAAUGUUUAGGGAAUUUGUUAAAAUGGACAAACUAGCUAGAAGAGCAGCCGGUGAGGUAUCUGCUAAUGGUAUUGGCUCAGUUGAGAUUGUUGUUCGACGGGAUCAUAUUGUUGAUGAUGGGUUUAGGCAGUUGAACUCUUUAGGAUCAAAACUGAAAUCUGGCAUCAUUGUGUCAUUUGUCAGUGAAUGCGGCCUCCCAGAGGCUGGUCUUGACUAUGGUGGUUUGUCGAAAGAAUUCUUAACUGAUUUGUCCAAAGCUGCCUUUGACCCACGGUUUGGGCUCUUUUGCGAGACCUCUACAACUGAUGGCAACCUAGUUCCUAACAUAUCUUCUAGAUUAUUAGACAAUGGAAUGGAGAUGUUCGAAUUCCUUGGAAGAGUUGUUGGAAAAGCUCUUUACGAGGGUAUUUUACUGGACUACACUUUCUCACUUGUCUUUGUACAAAAGCUCUUAGGGCAGUACAGCUUUCUGGACGAACUUUCAACUCUGGAUUCUGAGCUCUAUAGGAACCUAAUGUAUUUGAAGCACUAUGAUGGUGAUGUGGCAGAAUUGUCAUUAGAUUUUACAGUGACUGAAGAGGUUUGUGGAAAGAGGAUAGUGAGAGAGCUUAGACCUGAUGGUAGGAAUGUUUUGGUCACAAAUGAGAAUAAGCUACAAUAUAUCCAUGCGAUUGCUGAUUAUAAGCUCAAUUGGCAAAUGCUUGCAUCAGCAAAUGCAUUUUAUCGUGGGCUUAUUGAUCUCAUAGCGCCUUCAUGGUUGAGUUUAUUUAAUGCAAAUGAAUUUAAUCAGUUGCUUUCAGGUGGAAAACAUGACUUUGAUGUUGAUGAUCUGAGACGCAACACUAGAUAUUCUGGUGGUUAUUCUGAGGGAAGCCGGACAGUUAAAAUAUUCUGGGAGCAUGAAAUAUUGGAGAGGUUAUUUGGCCUUUCACGAAUGCUUGGGAGUUCAUCCUACUACUUCGCAAUUCGGAGAGUCGACGCAUCCGAUCGCCUCAAUUCGCAUCGCUUGCAUUCGCUUGCACUGUUACCUGUCGAAGACUCGAAUAAUACUUUUUGA